CGCAGAGGCUUGUUCCGGACUGAAGAGGAAGUGCUGCAGUGACGUCACCGGCGUGUUUGGGAGAAGGCCGGAGGAAGAUGGCGGGGUCCAAGGUGAAGCAGGACAUGCCUCCUGCGGGAGGAUAUGCUGCGUUUGAUUACAAGAGGAAUCUGCCUAAACGAGGACUAUCUGGAUAUAGCAUGUUUGGCAUUGGCAUAGGCAUCAUGGUGUUUGGCUAUUGGAGGCUUUUUAGCUGGAACAGAGAGAGAAGGCGCUUGCAGAUCGAGGAGAUGGAAGCCAGGAUAGCUCUGAUGCCCCUGAUGCAGGCAGAGACCGACCGAAGAACCUUGCGGAUGCUGAGGGAAAAUCUAGAAGAGGAGGCGAUUCUCAUGAAGGACGUUCCUGGCUGGAAGGUUGGUGAGACGGUCUACCACACAGACCGCUGGAUCAUCCCUCUGACGGAGGAGCUGUUCAACCUCCGGCCCCGUAAAGAGCAACUGCAAAAGCGUUUCGGCUUCAAGUGGUACGUGUAAGCACCAUCAACGACGUACAGCGUCCUGAGCUCCACCGCCUUCAACACCUUGUUCCUCGCUCAAUUCAGAUUGUAAAUGUUCAAUAAUAAAGUAUCUUUUUUUCCUGUACCUUA